UCAUUGCACAUGUAUUUUGAUUCCUUUGAGAAUUCCAGUCAACUACUUCCACACUGUGGACUUUUAACAGCAACUUGCUAACCUCUUACAAUAAAGUUAGCAGCGCAGAAAGAAAGAUACUUUCAAAGAAAUAUCCAUUUCUGAAAAACUACGCUGCUCAGAAAAGUUGUAAAAUGAAGUUUUAUGUCGUCUUGCUGUUUGUCUUUUUCACCGAAUUACUUUUACAGAUGGGUGAUUGUCAAAAGAAGGAGAAAAGGACCCCACAACGGAUGGAGAAAAUCAAACAAAGAGCAGCCGGACAGAAUAAAAUUAGAGUAAUAGAUAAAAAACACAAGGCAAGGGGUCGAAAGCUGCGAAAGGAGAGAGUGUUCGUCGACAGAGACCUAAAGCCCACCUUCAUCAUGACACAAGUUUUAGAUAAAGGUCGUUUCCAGAAACCAGCAGAGACAUUGAAUCUAACCAUUGGGCAGUCUCUUGAACUGCGCUGUAAAGGGGAUAACAUUGGCUGGGCUUACCCAUCCCAUCUAAACAACUCCAGGUUAAGUAUAAUACAGCACCAGAAAUACAGUCAGCUAACACUUAACAAUCCGAGGACUGCAGACACUGGAGAAUACAGCUGCUGGGUAAUACUCUGCGAUGGGCUGGAGUGUAGCAAAGAUGACCUGAAAAUGGGCAAAACUUAUAUCUUCUUCACAGAUCCAGCUGAACUAUUUGUGCCAUCUAUCAAUUACUUUGAUAUAAUCUACCUUCGAUCUGAUCAACCUGCUAUAAUUCCUUGUCGAGUGAGCACGCCUUUGGCUUACGUCACACUGCACCGAGAAUUUCCUCCUCAAGAAAUUCCUGCCGAUGGAUCACUCAUUAGCUAUGACGCAAAGAAAGGAUUUAUUAUUCACCAGCCUAAAAUUGAGCAGAAGGGGAUUGUACACUGCAUGGCAAACCUGAAAGGAGCUCGCCAGACAUCUAACAAUUACCUACUCCUUUAUGCUGAAGCUCUCAGUGGCCCUCCAACUGCAUCUAUAGAGGCUUCAACAAACACAGUAAGUGGUGGGGAGCAAGUCAAUGUGACUUGCACUGUUCUAGGAGACCCAGACCUACAGGUGAACUUCACUUGGAAAUAUCCAGGGCAGCAGGAUGAAAGGCCAGUGAUCAUCACGGAAAGCUGGAGAUUAAUAGAUCAACAAAAUGGACAUACUGUCAGGUUAUCAAAGAGUAUGCUAUAUAUUGAUGACAUUGAAACUAUUGAUGUAGGUAGUUAUAUCUGUACUGCUCAAAAUUUAAUAGGAGAAACAACAGUGGCCACAGAAGUGUUAUUUCAUUGGUAAGAUUCAAACCAAUUUCAGCUGGACUCUGUGUGGAGAAGGGCUGCGUGCCAGGCAGUACUGGAUCCCAUUUCUUAAAUGAAUUCUUAUGUCAAAUGUUUGUUUCUUCUCUCUUGCUGUAGGGUUAUAAAAUAUUCCAGGUACAGGAUUCCAGUUUAAAAAAAAUAAGUUUAGCAUCAGCUGUAUCAAACUCGAGUUUUCAUUUUAAACUUCUUUAUCUUGUUACAAGUAUUUCAGCACCAAGAGUGUGUUAGGCACACCUCAGGAAGGACCUGUAAUAAAACGAUAGAACCAGUAAGUUUCACCCUGGGUUGAAAGCCAGCAGAGCUGGAAGAAAACAAAAUGUUCUCUUUCUCCAUCUGCAAGUUUCAAGUCAGUCAGCUAAUCAGCUGCAAUGGUGUCUUUUUGCCAUCUCUCACUCUGAUCCUUGACCACUUCCUAUUUCUUAUUUACAUGCUUUGCCGGGUGAAUCAUAAGAGACAAAAAAAUUAAUUUCCACAUGUAAGCUGGUAACAGCAAGUUCCACCAACCAGCCCUCCUAGAUCUCGCUACUGUUUCAGUUGUUAGACUGUUUGUGCUGGAUGAACAGAUGGGUCCUCUUAUUAAGUAUUGGGUAGACCCAAGCCAUGAAUUUUCAGUCCACACCACAAACUCCAGCACUCUCCCUGGCAGUUCUCCAAGGCUGAACCAAUCUGCACACUUGAUGUCAUACUUGACCUGAAAUUAAACACUGCCCACAUAUCCACACCAUCAGUAGAAUCAUCCAUUUCACCUCUCUUACAUUACCUGAUUGUGUCUGCGCCUAAGCUGACCUGUUGCUGAAACUCUUGUCCAUGCUUCAUUUACAUUUAGACCUGAUCAUAUCAAGGUGCACAUGUUUAGCCUUCUACAUUCUACCCUUUGUAAACUGAGGCUUACCAAAACUUAGGUGCCUGUUAGUCCCUAUGCUUGCUGGCCUACUGUUGCUGUCAAUUAAGCAAUGCAUAGGUUUUAAAUUUUGCCUCCUUAUUUUGCAAUCGCUCCACGAUCUUGCCUUACCCCAUCUCUAAUCUCCUACAACUCUGCAUGAUGUCUACACUCCUUAACUUCAGACCUCAAUCAUCUAUAAAUUUACUUGCUCCAUCAUUGGCAGCUAAGCCUUCCACUGCCAAGAACUAAGGCUCUGCAGUUCUUUUUUUGAUCCUUUUGACCAAGCUUUUGGAUCUCUACCCACAUAUGUUCUUUGUGGUUUCAUGUUCCCAUUUUGGACCUUUGGAAGACUUUACUUUAAUAAAGGUACUACCAAUAGUUGUUGAAAAUGAUUUUGGGACAUUUUUGUGAUAGGUGCACAUCACAAAGCCACAAUCAAUAGUCAUCAGAAGGCAGCUGGUGGAAAACAACGGAUUUUGGUUUGAGGUUGUGUGCAAGGGAACUGGUUACUCUUGAUCCCAAAAUGUUUGUUGACGAGUAAAAUGAGUGAGUUCCAUUCUGAGCAUUAUGGUAUUACAUCUAGUGCAUAAAAUUCAAAGAAUGAAAAGAAACUAAUGUAUAUUUUUAGCUACUAAUAAAUCCUCCCUUUACUUACUUACCAUCAAUCAGAAUGUGAUGGGAAUACACAUUAUAGUACAUGUAACUCUACUUCUAAAAGUAAACUUACAGUAAUUCAUCUGUGUUUUGGAAAAGACAUCACAUUUAAAGUGAAGAUAAUUAUGUACUUGAACAACUUCAGUAGUAGGAUUGAACAUGGAUGAAACUGAAGAUAUAACCAAACUACAAAUUAAUAGAUGAUUCUUUUUGACAGAACUGCGGCACAAUUGUUGCACUUGUCACUGUGUUGCAAAAUAGGAUGGUCAAAAGGAAUCUGCUCCUCAGAUCCGCCCUUCCAGCAGUAUUUGUUUUCAAUACUCGUUGCUUUUGUAUGAAUUGCAUUAAUUAUAUCAAAGUGGUAGAACAUUUUAAUGAAAAAUUAUAGCUUUAAGAAAACCAAUAUAUAAGAAACAAAUGAAUGUUAAACUCUGCAAACCUGAGCUAACAAUUGUUUGACUGUUCACCUUGAUUAAGUCUGUUAAUUCACAGACAGGAUGGUUCCACUAAUGAGUAAUCCUCAGUCAACUGAAUAAACAAAUAACUGGAAGUUCUGUUUGCAGAGAUCUGCUUAAUUACUAAAUGCCGGUGAUAAAGUUUAGUAGUUAUCUUGUUAGUAAUUGUUUGUACUUCUGUUCCAUGUAACAAGUAUUAAUUAUUCCAUUGUGAAAAAUAUUUAAAGCGUUCUGACUCAGAUUUGUAGCAAUUUGCAAUUACUUUUUUUGGUAUUGCAAUGGUAAUAUUUUUUCUAUUGAGAUAAUCACAUUUUUAAAAAAUUGAUAAAAUAUUGUAAAAGUUGUUCAUCUAGUUCCUUGUGGA